AUGUUGCAAAGUAUAGUCCUUUCCGUGUGUGUGUGUCUGUUACACACAGUCGCUGCAAGCGGGCCUCAGUCGUAUCAGAAGCUGGAUUUCACGAACGUGGGUUUUGCAGGUACGUACAAUAGCGUAAAAAAGUUUACAGGUAUCACUAACAAUGAUACAUGUACUUGUGAAGUGGGUGACAAAGAAUGGUUUUCUGGUGUAAACGCCCCAUUGGCUGAAUACUUGUCUGUUCAUUUCCGUGGUCCAUUAAAGUUGAGACAAUUUGCCUUUUACACUUCCCCUGGAUUCACUGUCAGCAACAAUAGAAGCUCUUCCGAUUGGAGUCGUUCGGCCUACUAUGACUCCAGCUCGAAGACGGCUAAUAACGUUACUUUCUUAAAUCACGGAGGUGAAGCUUCCCCUUGCCUAGGUAAUGCUUUGUCGUAUGCUAGUUCCAAUGGUACCGGUACCGCCAGUGAGGCCACUGUUUUGGCUGAUGAUACUUUAAUUUCUUCUGAUGAAGAGUAUAUAAUCUACUCUAACGUUUCGUGUCCAAAAUCAGGUUACGGUAAGGAUUGUGGUGUUUACCGUAGUGGUAUUCCAGCUUAUUAUGGGUUCGGCGGUACAACAAAGAUGUUCUUGUUUGAAUUUGAAAUGCCCACUGAAACCGAGAAAAAUAGCAGCUCUAUUGGGUACUAUGACUUGCCAGCCAUUUGGUUGUUAAACGACCAUAUCGCAAGAACUUCUCAAUAUCCAACCAAUGCCAACUGUUCAUGUUGGGCCAGUGGAUGUGGUGAAUACGAUAUUUUCGAAGCCAUGAACGGUACUGAAAAAAACCAUCUGUACUCUACAUUCCACACUUUCCAAGGUAUUGAGGAUUUGGGUACUGGUAUCCAAUCCUACGGUUACAUUGCAAGAAAUACCACAGGUACCAUGAAAGGUGGUGUUGUUUUUGAUUCUAGUGGGAAUGUUGUCUCUUUUAUCUCUGAUGACACUACUUUUGGUCAAACUGUUUCUGCAGACGCUGUUAAUGAGUUGUUAGCUGCUAUUCCUCAAGACGAAACCUACUCUUCUCAAUUAAUGAGUAUUUCUGCUACGGCUCCUACUACUUCAUCGAAAUCCAACGGUAUUUCUUUAACAAAGAUGCAAAACGGUGUAUGGUAUUACAUUAUGGCAAUUUUCACUGCUUUUACGCAAGUGUUUUUGAUUUGA